AUGGGAUCCGGUAUGUAUAUCGCCUCUCUACUCUUAAGUUCUUCGCUCGUUUGUGCCUUUUCUCCCGAAAUUCGUGCCGACACCAAUCGCGAUGGAGUAGUGGACCUGGGGGGCAACACAGAUGCUGUCGGCAAAGACUUUUGGACUGAGGACCGUGGCGCCAUCUUCCUGCCUAACAUCGGCGAUGCCGAAGGCAGGUGCUACUUCACAGACCGCAGUGGUCAGGACCUUAGUGACAUUGAGCUGGCCAGCUGCAACGAUGCUUCAGGAGAUACUCUGAUCACCCCGGAAUAUGUUGCACCGCUCCACACAAUUCCCAUCCAAGACAUUGGCAGCAACGCGACCGCACAUGUUGCUGCGGACCUAUCCUCUUAUGUGCGGAUUUUCUGGAGACGGGGCUCCGAGUGGAUAUACAUCGAUCCUGAGUUCAUCUUCAACGCCACUGCCAUCCGAGCCGGCCUGGAGCUCGGAAUUGAUUCUCGAGCACUUGUUGCAGACCCCGACGUAUGGAACGGCACUGUUAAAAUCUCCUUCACUGUUGCAGAUGCCAACACUACCAAAACGGACCAUGUAGCUCUCAAGCUUGCCCCGGUCCUCCUCCACCAUCACCUUCAGCCACCUCAACGUCUAAUCAGCGUUCUUGGGAAUGACUCUACUGCGGCCCAGCACCGGUUCAUCAGGGAGCUCGAUGCGGCUAAACAAAUGGCUGGAUUGAACACUCCCCUUACUUUGCUCGGCUCUAGCGAAGAUGUCUGGGCACAGGAUCUCAUGGAACCUGCAUUUGCCAGCAUGCCAGGGCCAAACGGGCCCAUCUCCAUCCGUGUGAUUCUCCGUGCAGCCCAGAACAGCCGUCCGGCAGGCCGACAGGUCUUCACCCACCUCCGCGGCAGGGGCAUCGGUGGUUUUCAACCUGUCGGAAGUGGAGGUUUAGGGCGUCGAGAGGUCAAUUCGGGCGGCAACGUGGAAACAAUCCCGCCGUAUACCAGCAAGAAAACCGGCAAGCGCUAUCCACUCGGCCGGAUCUUGACUGGACAACACUUUGAGGAGAAGAAUUCAGAAGCGAUGAUGAAGUUUUUCCAGAGUCAGCAGUUACAAGAUCCCCUCGUCAUCGAAGCUGGUUGGCUGGCGGUUGGACAUGUCGACGAGUUCAUCUCGUUCUUGCCUGCGGAUAACCAACUGGGUUUUACUCUCGCCGUUUCGGACCCGGUAGCUGGAUUAAAUGUCCUCCGUAAAGCCAAUGAGAGCGGACACGGGGGAGUAGAUGCUUACAGCGUGAACUUACGCGACUGGGCUCCUCCUCAAGGUGCUGAACCAAAUUUGAACUGGACGAUCAGUCAAGUCAUAUCUGACGAAACGGUCUUGCAUGCCACGACCCGGGCGCAGAAAAAUAUCGAUUCGGCUGUGCAUGUUCUCCUCGAAGAGACUGGUCUGACCAAGGAGGAUCUGAUCCGCAUUCCCCACCUCUUCACCGAUGGUGAAUUCUCCGGGCCAGGGCACACCGAAAGCCACGAUGGUCUUCCUCCCCACAUGACGCCACCCAAAGAAGGAGAGUUCAAUGUUGCCUCUUUCUACCCAGCUGCUAUCAACGGGGUCGUUCUAGACGAUCAUUUCAUUUGUGCUCGAGCAUUUGGCCCGGUUAUCGAUGGUAAAGAUAUCUUCCAGGAAGCUGUCGAGGAUGCCUUCCGCAAGUCAAACAUGACGGUACAUUUUAUUGACGACUUUUGGUCUCACCAUAUUAACGGCGGUGAUGUUCACUGUGGUUCGAACACAUUGAGAGACACCGCCAUCCCAUGGUGGAGCCAGCAGUGA